GGGCAAAACGCGGUUAAAAGCGGGCGGCCGGAGCCGAGCUCGACGCAAGGGACGGAGGAGGACGCGGCCGAGGCCAGGGGAGAUCGGUUACCGGGCGAAAGCAAAAUUUCCCAUGAUGAACUUAGAAUUAUCAGGACUGAACAGUACUGACGGCAGAGAAGACGAUCUACAGCCAGGCCUUUAAUGUAGUUGCCUCUCUAUAGUGAUCCUCAGAAAAUCAAGCAACUGUUAGCCUGAUUCUUAGUGGUUGCAGGGGGACGCUGGUAAUGGGAUAACUGGGCUGCCUGCUGAUCCAGGGUCUGGGAAGCGCAUCCGCAAACCAUCUAUGCUGUAUGAAGAUUUUGAGAGUCCCACAAUGUCUACUUCAAUUCAUUCUCAGAACAACUUUGUAAUUAGUCCUCCUCCACCUGAGGUGUCCAACCCUAAGAAACCUGGCCGAGUGACUAACCAGGUUCAGUACAUGCAGAAAGUGCUGAUGAAAGCUCUUUGGAAGCACCAGUUUGCAUGGCCAUUCUAUCAACCAGUGGAUGCAGUGAAACUCAGUCUCCCGGAUUACCAUAAGAUAAUUAAGCAGCCGAUGGACAUGGGCACUAUUAAGAAGCGUUUAGAAAACAAUUAUUACUGGAGUGCCAGUGAGUGCAUGCAAGACUUCAACACAAUGUUCACUAACUGUUACAUUUAUAACAAGCCUACGGAUGACAUUGUGUUGAUGGCUCAGACUCUGGAAAAGCUCUUCCUGCAGAAGGUGGCGCAGAUGCCCCAGGAGGAAGUGGAGUUAACACCUGCACCAAAAUCCAAGCAGUCAAAGGGUCGUAAAACAGGAGGGGUACCAUCAGUCCCAGGUGGAGUGACUGUGUCUCAGGUCCCAAUGGUGUCAUCUGUGUCUCAACCAACAGCGUACUCUCCUCCGACGCCAGAAGUGCCCACACCCAUUCUUGAUGUGUCUCAGACGUCUGUCAUCUCUGCACCAAUUAUGCAUAAGCCCUCACAUUCUCCCCCUCAAUCUGUACUAGCUGUACCACCCCCUUCGCAGCCUGUCACAAAGAAGAAAGGAGUAAAGAGGAAAGCGGAUACAACAACCCCAACCACUUCUGUUGUUACAACAAGUGGAGAAUCAUCCCCAUCAGUAGCAGAAAGCAAGGCUGCAAAGAUUCCAGUCAGACGGGAAAGUGGCAGACCCAUCAAACCACCAAAAAAAGACUUACCAGACUCCCAGCAACACCAGAGUUCAAAGAAAGGCAAAUUAAGUGAGCAACUGAAGUACUGUAAUGGUAUCUUGAAAGAGCUGCUGUCAAAGAAGCAUGCAGCAUAUGCCUGGCCCUUUUAUAAACCAGUGGAUGCCAAAGCUCUUGGGCUUCAUGACUACCAUGACAUAAUCAAGCAUCCGAUGGACCUGAGCACUAUCAAAAGAAAGAUGGAUGAACGGGAAUAUCAGGAUGCACAAGAAUUUGCAGCUGAUGUAAGGUUAAUGUUCUCGAAUUGUUACAAGUAUAACCCACCAGACCAUGAUGUGGUUGCCAUGGCCAGGAAGCUGCAGGAUGUGUUUGAAUUCCGUUUUGCCAAGAUGCCAGACGAGCCUAUGGAAUUCACACCUCCACCUGCACCAACUCCACUUCCUCCUGUUGUGUCCAAAUCAUCAUCUGAUUCUUCUAGUAACAGCAGCAGUGAAAGCUCGUCAGACACGGAGACGUCCGAUGAUUCAGAAGAAGAGCGAGCUAAUCGGCUGGCUGAACUACAGGAACAGUUAAGGGCUGUCCACGAGCAGCUAGCUGCCCUCUCACAGGCUCCUAUGUCCAAACCAAAGAAAAAGCGGGACAAGAAAGAGAAGAAAGACAAAAAGAGGAGGAAAGAUAAGCACAAGGUGAAAGACGAAGAUGAAAAAAUGUCCAAAUCAUCCAAAUCAAAAGCUGUACCGAAAAAGCAGUCCAAGAAAGCAUCUGGAGGCAGCAGUUCAGGAAGUAACAAUAAGCAGCCCAAGAAGGUGAAACAACCCCCACCCCCACCACCACCGCCACCUCCUGGCUAUGAUUCAGAAGAAGAAGAUAACUGUCGGCCCAUGACAUACGAUGAAAAGCGACAGUUGAGCUUGGACAUUAAUAAACUGCCUGGUGACAAGCUAGGCCGUGUAGUGCAUAUCAUCCAGUCUCGAGAGCCAUCGCUUCGAGACUCCAACCCUGAUGAGAUUGAGAUAGACUUUGAAACUCUAAAGCCAUCCACUCUUCGAGAGCUUGAACGCUAUGUUAUGUCCUGUUUACGGAAGAAACCUCGCAAGCCUUACUCCAAGAAACAAGCAGGGAAGACCAAGGAAGAAUUAGCUCUGGAGAAGAAGAAAGAGUUAGAAAAAAGGCUACAGGAUGUGAGCGGACAACUGAAUCCCACUAAAAAACCUCCCAAAAAAGCAACUGAGAAGCCAGAUCCAGUUCAGCCAGUAGGCCCUUCACGCCUCAGCGCCAGCAGCAGCAGUUCUUCAGGAUCUGACACUAGUAGCACUUCCAGUGGAUCAAGUUCAUCAGACACAAGUGAUUCUGACUCUGGUUAGAAUUGGCAAAUGCAUUGGCUUGUUUCUGGCAGGGGGAAAUUGGUGUAGGAUUGGUUCGAACUAAUCUGCAGGGUCGGACGAAGUAUGAACCAGACUGUUGGGAGAUGGCCUGUCCCCGUUGCCCGCCGUUACUGACUGCAGUGUACAUGGUUUGAUGUGAUUUGGUUUUAUAUUUAAAAACUACACAAGCGAUGCAUCGCAAGGACAGACAUGGUAGAGGAUUGCACCACUCCCUUACAUAUCAGCUAGAUCUCUUAACUCGUCUGUCCCAAAACGCCGUGUGCAAGGCCAGACGGGGGCCAAGGGGUAUUCGAGGCUGAGGAUUGAUUCCUUCUGGUUCUCAGUAGUGGAAGGCAACUCAAAGUCAGUACAGAAGAGAGACUGCAGCCUCUAAACUCAGCACCCUUCUCUUUGCAUAAAAUCAUGUGCAGGAUCCAAUGUGAUAAUUGUAGAGGGAUGAGCAGCUUUGAUCCCAUGUGUAGAGUUGCAGUAAGCAGUCUUAUUUUUGUUUUGGAAGUCUUUUUCCCCAGUUUGAAAGCAUUUUAAGCUGUUGGUCUCUGAACUGUCACUCUGAAACCCAUGUUUAUUAGUAAUGUUCAGUGGAAGUACUGCUUUUCUUUACACGUUUUUGUUCAGUUACAUCUUGAAGAUGGUUCAUAAGGAUUGUGCUCCAUCUCGAGUGUGUUCAGCCACUGUCCAGAGGCCACUGGCUCCUCUUGCUGAGUUUACUGAUCCUGGUUAGCAUGGCAAUUUGAGAAGCAUUUUGAAAAGGCAUUAAUUUGGCUGGACAUGAGCAGAUAUGCUGAGUGCUGCCCGAUGCUUUAUUUUUCCAAUACAUCCGAUACUUGAAUGCAGAGCAGUAAUGCUGUAACCAUGGUAGUGUUGGUCAGUGCACAGUCUGUAAGCAACUGCUUGAUGUGCCUACCUUAUUUCCCCUCUUCCUUUUUUUUUGGUUUGGACUAGGCUGAUUGGAUAGUCUUAGAUUAUCCUUCAAUUGGUGCCCUGUCUUAUUCAGUUGCACGACUUGGCUUGGAGCGACGGAUUGUUUUUAAUGUGUACAGUUUAGUUGUAGUCUUCAUUUCUGCAGAGGUUACAGGAAAAGCUGACAGCCGAAUUUAAUCUUUUUUUCAUCCAGUUAUCUGGUGUUUUAUUUAUUUUGUUACAAAAUAAUUAUGUUUUAUAUUGUAAAGACUGAACCAAUGUGCCUGUUGAUGCAGGUCACAAGAGAGUGUAGAGUGAGAUUUUAACAAGUAUUGUAUAUACGAAGAUGCACAAUUGAGACGCAUGUUUCUUAAUGUAAAGGUGAUUUUAUUUUUAUCUUAAUCUGUAAAGUUUUUUUCUACAGUCCGUUCCUCCGUUUUUUGUUAUUUGUAGAUUUGACCUCAUGUAGCAGUUAACAACUUGUAUGUGACAAUGUGUAUUUGUUAAACCUUUAGUUCUCAAACCUGUACAGUAAAAGUGUUCUUUAAAACUAA